GGUAGACGCUAGCCAGUUCUCUGCGACGUGUUCGCGACGCUUGUGCCGGUUAUUGAUAAAUAGGGAACAACCGCACGUCGUCGCCUGGAAACAGUCGAACAGAGAAAUCAUUUUUCUUAGUCCGUAACAAUUCUAUACAUUCCAUUGUUUCUUCAAGCGUAGAGAGUAUAGGUCGGUCGGUUUGGAUCCACCCUGUUUCGUUGUAGACAAAUUUCAUUGUGUACAACUGUCGACGCAGGAUUUUCCGGUGAUAAGAGGACACACUGAAUUCGACUCGCUUAUCAGGAUUGUAUCCACGUGCGAGCUUACUGUCCACUAGGCUCUCGCGUCUGAUACAUUUUGCGAGAACGGCUAUUUAGAAGAAUCGUCGCGACAAUUUGUCAGUGAAAAUGCCGGCCCAAUUUGAGAGCGCGAACAGCCCCAUCGCGAGGGAACCAGUGAACGGUAACACACAAUAUCUCAAGGAUGACAUCGUCAUUAGCGGUUUCUCAGGCCGUUUCCCAGAGUCUGAUAAUCCAGAGGAGUUGAAGAAAAAUUUAUUCGAGGGCAUUGAUAUGAUCACCGACGACGAACGUCGAUGGACAGCCGGUAUUUACGGUUUACCAAAAAGAACAGGCAAAUUGAAGGAUAUCAAACAUUUUGAUGCCACGUUUUUCGGCGUCCACGCCAAACAAGCUCAUUUGAUGGAUCCGCAACUUCGAUUGCUCCUGGAAACAACGUACGAGGCCAUAGUCGAUGCUGGCAUUAAUCCACAAGAGAUUAGAGGCUCGAAGACUGGUGUGUUCGUCGGUGUUUCUGCCUCGGAGACGAACGAGAUGUGGACGAAAGAUCCGGAAGCAAUCAAUGGGUAUGGUUUGACCGGAUGCUGCAGAGCGAUGUUUCCCAACAGAGUGUCUUUCGCUUUCGACUUUAAUGGGCCAAGUUACGCGAUAGACACAGCCUGUUCGUCGGCAUUGUACGGUCUGCAUCAAGCAAUCAGUGCGAUGCGCGCAGGAGAGUGUGAUGCGGCUAUCGUUGCUGGAUGCAGCCUUUUGUUGAAGCCAACGUCGUCCCUCGAAUUUCAUAGAUUAAGCAUGUUAUCAGCGGACGGCAUGUGCAAAGCAUUCGAUGCCGAUGGAAAGGGCUACGUCAGAUCCGAGACUAUCGGUGUUUUGUAUUUACAAAAGUUAAAGGACGCGCGCCGAGUCUACGCUACUGUUAUACAUUCCAAGACCAACACAGACGGCAACAAAGUCGAGGGUAUCACGUUUCCGAACGGACAGAUGCAGAAUAAAAUGAUGCACGAGGUGUACGCGGAAGCUGGCGUGAAUCCGGCGGACGUAGUCUACGUGGAAGCACACGGAACUGGCACGAAGGUCGGCGAUCCUCAAGAAAUCAACUCUGUCGCUAAUUUGUUCUGCAAAGGCAGGAAAACUCCUCUUCUUCUUGGAUCUGUGAAAUCGAAUUUAGGUCACGCGGAACCGGCUAGUGGGAUAUGUUCUAUGGCCAAAACGUUGAUUGCCAUGGAAGCGGGAGUGAUACCGGGCAAUCUUCAUUUCAAAAAUCCGAACAAGGAUAUACCCGCGCUACACGACGGCAGCAUUCAGGUUGUAGAUAAAAAUAUGCCAUGGAAGGGCGGCCUGGUUGCCGUAAAUUCCUUCGGCUUUGGCGGAGCCAACGCACACGUACUUCUUCGUAGCAAUCCGAAACCAAAGCUGUCCCCGGUCUUAGAUAGUAAAAUACCCAAGUUAAUCACUGUAUCCGGUCGCACAGAGGAGGCUGUACAGGUUCUCCUAGAUAAAGCCAAAGAACACAUGAAGGACGACGAGUUCAUUGCUCUUCUUCAUGACACUUACGCGUUGAACAUACCUGGCCAUCUUUACCGUGGUUAUUCCGUGUUGGGAACCGCUGGAGCCGAAGAAACCAAUCAAAUUAAUGCUUCAGAGAAACGUCCUAUUUGGUUCGUAUUUUCUGGUAUGGGCUCACAAUGGGCAGGCAUGGGCAAGGACUUGCUUUGCAUCGAACCAUUCAAGCGAAGCUUGCAUCGUUGCGCCGAUGCCCUGAAACCGGAAGGGAUCGAUCUGAUGGACAUCAUUCUGAAUUCAACAAGCGAAUCAUUUGUUGAAAAUGUUGUACACUGCUUCAUAUCGAUAGCGGCCAUUCAAGUUGCCCUCGUAGACCUCCUGGCAUACUUGGGCAUUCAUCCAGACGGUAUCAUUGGACACUCGGUUGGUGAACUGGGAUGCGCGUACGCUGAUGGUACUUUCACACCGGAACAAACAAUUUUGGCUGCCUAUUGGCGAGGAAGGUCCAUUCUGGAUUCAAAAUUACCGCUAGGAGCUAUGGCUGCUGUGGGAUUAAGUUGGGAAGAGGCUAAAAAACGAUGUCCAGCGGAUGUAUAUCCAGCUUGCAACAACUCCAGCGAUUCUGUAACCAUUUCCGGACCAGUUGAUGUUAUGAAAAAGUUCGUGGAGGAAUUGAAGAAGGAGAACAUUUUUGUACGAUUGGUAGACAGCAGCGGCGUCGCGUUCCACAGCAAAUACAUGGCUCCCGCUGGUCAGAAUUUGCGCUCCGCUUUGGAAAGAAUCAUUCCGAAUCCGAAACCGCGUACUUCCAGGUGGAUCUCUACGUCCAUACCUGACGGAGGUUGGGACAACCCGCUGGCGCAAUUGAGUUCAGCAGCUUACCACGUGAACAACUUAUUGUCGCCUGUGCUGUUCAAGCAAGGAUUAACUUAUGUGCCCGAGAACGCGAUCGCGAUAGAAAUUGCCCCGCACUGUUUGUUGCAGGCGAUUUUACGCAGAACACUCUCGAAAAACGUGACCAACAUCGGUUUGCAUAAACGGGACCAUAAGGACAAUUUAUUCUUCUUGCUCGAGAACUUAGGGAAAUUGUACAUGGCCGGUGCACAGCCCAAGAUAUCUAAACUGUAUCCUCCGAUCAGUUAUCCGGUCGGCCGUGGAACGCCGAUGCUUAACUCGCUUGUUAAAUGGGAUCACUCCACUGAAUGGAUGGUAGCCGAUUUCUGCAAGGCCGAUGGCCUUUCUGGCGAAAGCGUGAUCGAGUUCGACCUGUCCAAGGAAUCGGACGCGUACAUAGCUGGCCACACGAUCGACGGAAGAGUUCUCUUCCCAGCUACAGGUUACUUGGUACUCGUAUGGAAAACGUACGCCAAAUUGCGCAACGUUGACUUCGAGAAACUGCCGGUUGUGUUUGAAAACGUGAAACUCCUGCGUGCCACUAUCAUGCCGAAAGAAGGAUCAGUUAAAUUCUUUGUUAAUAUAUUCAUGGGAAGCAAUGAAUUCGAGAUCUGUGAAAAUGGGUCCGUAGUAGUAACCGGGAAGAUAUCUGUACCGGAGAAUACGGAGAGAAUGUUGUUGAACCUUCCCACGCCGAACGUACGAAAUGAUCCUGAAUUGUUGGAGUUGGACACUAAAGAUGUUUAUAAGGAGCUUAGACUGCGAGGAUACGAAUACACUGGAGAUUUCCAAGGUAUUAAGUCUGCUAACAAUCGCGGCGGCAAUGGAAAGCUUCUGUGGACCAAUUGGAUUUCAUUCAUGGACACCUUACUCCAAAUUACCAUUUUACAAAAGGACACCAGAUCCUUGCAUUUACCAACUCGUAUACAGUAUGUUGCUGUUAAUCCUGUUCUCCAUAUGGAAUUAGUGAAUAACCUGAAAGAAGACGAGACUCUUCCGGUCCAUUGCUACAAGAAUAUUGAUGUUGUUAAAUCCGGCGGUGUUGAAAUCAGAAAGAUGAAAGCAUCCUUAGCCCCAAGAAGACAGCAAUCUCAGAUCCCUCCCAAGUACGAAAAAUACACGUUCAUACCCUACAUAAACCCGAAACCAACGGUAGAUGACCCUGAAAAGGCUAAAGUGAAUGCCCUUACUAUCUUAUUGCAAAUUGUUCGUGAAAAUUUGGCAGCAUUGAAAGUGAAAGUCGUAGAAGUAGCUGACAAUCGUCCUGCAGAUGCUCUCUUCGCAAGCACUAUAUUGGACAUUCUGUACAGCGAACCCAGCGUCACUGUUGAUUACCAAGUCGCUGCAACUAACACAGAACAGUACAGCAACUUGAAUGUGGAGAAUGUAAAAGUUGUGCAUAAGGAUGUAAACGCUACAACCGUGGGACAAGAUUUACAUUUUGUCGUGGCUACGAACGUACUGUCUAAGAACACCGAAUCCGCAUUGAAAAAUCUGUCCAACAGUUUGAAGGCAGGAGGCUUCGUACUGCUCGAAGAAUCCGGUUUGAUUAACGCGAACAGCCUGAACACCGCGAACUUGACGAAUGUAGCUAAACAAGUAACCCAUGGAAGGACUUAUGUUUUACUUAAGAAGACUGAACAGUUAGCAGAACCGAUGAUCGUCCAAAUAACAGAGAAGAACUUCCAGUGGGUGGAAAAUCUUAAAGCAGCCAUGAAGAAAGCCGCAACUGAGCAACAACAGAUUCUUAUAGUUAAUCAAGGCGAAGAGCUGUUUGGUAUGGUUGGACUUAUGAAUUGCAUUCGCCGUGAAGAAGGCGGUUCCAACGUACGUUACGUGUUUAUUCAAGACAAAACCGCACACAAGUUCAGUCUCAAGGACAAACUCUAUGCCGAGCAAUUGAACAAACAAUUGAUGGCCAAUGUAUUGAAAGGAGGAAAUUGGGGAAGCUACCGUCACUUAAUCUUAGACCAGCAAAUAGGAGCGUCUUCUCUUCAAGUUGAACAUGCAUAUAUCAACGCUUUGUUCAGAGGCGAUCUGAGUAGUUUGCGAUGGAUCGAGAGUCCUCUGAGCUAUUACCAGCCGGAGAAAUCCGUAGGAACAGAGCUUUUCCACGUGUACUAUGCUCCAUUGAACUUCCGAGAUGUGAUGUUGGCCACUGGAAAGUUGCCGCCUGAUGCUCUGCCCGGCAACUUAGCUAAUCAAGAUUGUAUAUUGGGUCUUGAAUUCUCUGGGCGUAAUUCGAAGGGUGAACGAGUGAUGGCGAUGGUGCCUGCACGCGGUUUAGCGACCACUGUAGUAGCAGACUCUGGAUUCUCAUGGAUUGUACCCAGCAAAUGGACUCUGGAGCAAGCUUCGACAAUUCCAGUAGCCUACGCAACCAGUUACUACGCCUUGUUUGUUCGAGGUGGCCUGAAACGUGGCGAAAGCGUCCUUAUUCAUGCCGGUAGCGGCGGUGUUGGUCAGGCUAGCAUUUCCAUAGCUCUACACGCAGGUUGCACAGUGUUUACUACGGUUGGCACGCCCGAGAAGCGACAGUUCUUGAAGAACAUGUUCCCGCAGUUGACCGACAGAAACAUCGGCAAUUCUCGAGAUACUAGCUUCGAACAAUUAAUAAUGAACGAAACAAAUGGUCGCGGUGUGGAUGUAGUGCUGAAUUCGUUGGCCGAGGAGAAGCUGCAGGCGAGUAUCAGAUGUCUCGCCGAGGGCGGGCGAUUCCUCGAAAUUGGAAAAUACGAUCUGUCCAAUGACGCGCCUCUAGGAAUGUCGUUGUUCUUGAAAAAUACGGCUUUCCAUGGGAUAUUAUUGGAUGCCAUCUGCGAAAUUGACGGUCCUGAGAGGAAGAAAGUGGUCAGGCUUGUGAAAGAAGGUAUGGAAAAUGGUGCCGUUCGUCCGUUGCCAGCAACCGUUUUCUCAGAACAGCAAAUUGAACAGUCGUUCAGGUUCAUGGCUACCGGUAAACACAUAGGGAAAGUUGUGUUGAAGAUUCGCGAAGAAGAGAAGGAGAAGGUUGUACCGCACCCAGCUCCAAAGAUUGUGGCAGCCAUUCCACGCACGUAUAUGAAUCCGAACAAGUCUUAUAUACUGGUCGGCGGUCUUGGUGGAUUCGGUGCAGAACUUGCUGAAUGGAUGAUCAACCGCGGCGCGAAACAUUUAGUACUGACGUCCCGGUCCGGUAUCCGCAAUGGUUUCCAAUCUCUGUGUGUUCGACGUUGGCGCGAAUCCGGCGUGAACGUUUCAAUCUCAACGGAGAACGCGUCCACGAUGGCCUCGGCAAAGAAGCUCGUCGAAGACAGCAACAAGAUCGCUCCCGUUGGCGGGAUCUUCAACAUGGCGGCUGUUCUAGUCGACAAUGUGCUCGAAUCCCUCAACGAGGACGAUUUCGAAAAAGUAGCGACACCUAAAGUUGCUGUUACCAAAUGUCUGGAUGCGGUGUCACGAAAGAUGUGUUCCCUGCUGGACUAUUUUGUCGUCUUCUCUUCCGUUUCGUGUGGUAGGGGUAACAUUGGCCAAACGAAUUACGGUCUUGCAAACUCUGCCAUGGAGAGAAUAAUAGAGCAGAGACAAGCGAACGGUCUUCCUGGUCUUGCUAUUCAGUGGGGAGCUAUUGGAGAUGUGGGAUUAAUUUUAGACUCUGUUGGUGGCGGUAACGAUACUGAAAUCGGUGGUACUAUGCCACAGCGCAUUGGAAGUUGUUUAGAAACUAUGGACGUCUUCCUACAGCAACCCCAUCCUGUCCUGGCUUCUAUGUGCGUAGCCGACCAACGUAAGAGUCAAGACACAAGCAACAGAGUCAGCAUUGUUCAGGCGGUUGCCAAUAUCUUGGGUAUCAAAAAAUUGGAAAGCAUUAAUUACACUGUCACACUGGCCGAUCUUGGAAUGGAUUCUUUGAUGGGAACAGAAAUUAAACAAUCGUUAGAAAGAAACUACGAUCUAGUUCUAUCCGCGCAGGAUAUUCGUAACUUGACGUUCGACAAGUUGAGAUCGUUCGAGACCGGAGCGGUUGACGUUGCUGAUGAGACGCAAGGUGAAGAUGAAGCUGAGUCGCACUUCCUAUACCAUGCUGAUAACGUAGAUAUUAUUCCUGUGGAAUCCAUUGUUCAACUAAAAACGAAGGGUUCGAAGGGAGCACCUUUAUUCUUUGUUCACGCUAUCGAGGGAUUGAUUGAUUCUCUGAAGGGCGUAGCUAGCGAAUUGAAUCGUCCUGCUUGGGGCUUCCAAUGCGUUCAGAACACCCCGUUGAAUACCAUGGCGGAUCUAGCAAAGUUUUACAUUCAGGAAAUGAAGAAAAUCCAGAAAAAGGGACCAUAUCAUAUAGUAGGCUACUCGUUUGGAGCAUGUGUCGCCUUUGAAAUGGCUCUUCAGUUGGAAACCACUGGUGAAAAAGUAGUUCUAACACUUCUGGACGGAUCACCGGAAUUCGUUAGAUUGCAUUGCGUUGAAAUAGGAAAACAUGCAAGUGCGUCAAAAACAGACAUUGUUGAGGAUAAUUGCAGGAAAACUUUGUCGUUCUUCAUUAAACAGUUUAAUGACAAAAUCCGUUUCAUUGAGGCGUAUAAUAUUUUGAAGGAUACACCCGACGACGAAGUAUUGGACAAAAUGGUAGAGACGAUAAAUAACAAAGACUUGAAGAAGGAAGAAUUGAAAACUGCUGGUAUGUUGUUCCACAAAAAGCUGCAGGCAGCUUACUACUAUGUCCCAGGUUUUAAAUUCAGCGGAGACAUCACGUUAAUACGAAUUCAAGAGAAUUUUAUUCAUUUGAAGAAGGAUUACGGUCUAUCGGAGAUUUGUCAAAAAGAGGUACGGAUCGAAGAAUUGCCUGGAAACCACAGAACCUUGUUGACAGGAGACAAUGGCAAGGAAAUAGCGAAGAUGCUAGAAACGUAAACUUACGUCUACUUAUAUGAAAACAUCGGAGAAUUGAGGAACUCGCGAAUCUUUAUCAGUUUCGUAUAGAUAAGUUGUAGAAAGUAUCAAUGUACAAUAAUAUUGAUAAAGCUCAUCUUACAACUUAAUUAUUAAUAUUUAAUAAUUCUUAGAUAUUCUGUGUAAAGUUCCUUUUGUACAAAUGUUUUUCCCUUGAGGUUUCCACUUCGCAUUGUUCAUUCAUCACUCGCAUUAAUUUAUAUACUGAAUUUAUAUGACAAGAUUACUUUAGCGGUACCUUUUUUGUUUCAUUUGUAAUAUUUGUCAGGUAGUACGAACGGGUAUUACUGUAAUUAUUUAACGGAUUUUAAGUAUAAAUAUUUAAGUACCUUUAAGUACUAUAGGUUUUUAUAAUGGUUGCUAGUGGACAAGUUAACCAUUGUUUAGACCUAUGGCAUAUAUACAUAUAUAUAUGUUCCAUUUUGCAUUAACGAAUGACAUUUCACAACUAGAUCUCCGGGAAUCCAUGACAUUUUUAAACAAUAGAAAUAUGUGCAACUAGUAAGAAAAUUUUACAGAGGAAACUAAUGAUAAUUUAAACAUACAGUUGAUAAUAAAUAAACAUUCAUAGAAGUUGAUAAACAUUCACAAUAGUUUUUUUCAUUAACAGCAAUAUGUUUAUUAAGUUAAAAAUUGUAAAUGUUUCCAGCUAUUUUGAUUGUCAUUGAAUUUAUGUAAUCUGCACUUGUUAUAUGUUACAUCUUUCCUUGUAUUAUAUUAAUAAGCAAAUAAAGAGCAUUAAAUAAA